GGCGCUUUCUUGGUUUUGUCGGCAGCCUGCCGCGGUUCGACUCACUCCGUGCGGAGUCGUGAUCGAGGAGCGGAUUCGCGCAGGAGUCACGGGAGCGUGAGCGUCAAAGGGGGUCCGCCUGGGCAUCGGGACUGCUGGAGCGUGCGAGUGUGUGCAAGAGAGCGCAGAAACAGCUGGGCAGAGCCGAGUCAAGUCAAGAGCGUCGUCGGGCACAUCGGGGAGGCUCUUCUCAAAUGGAUACCGCUAACCAGCUCGUGUCAGUUGGAAGGUUUGGAGUGGCGAAGGAGCCCCUGGGGUUUCUGCGGAUUUUAGAGUGGCUUUUUGCAAUUUUUGCAUUUGCAACAUGUGGCGGCUACUCGGGACAACUGCAAGUGAGUGUCGAGUGUGCAAACAGGUCAGAGAGCAUCCUGCGUAUCCCCAUCGAGUUUGCCUACCCUUUCAGAUUGCACCAGGUAUAUUUUGAUGUUCCGACAUGCAGAAACUCAGCCCGGGAGAGGGUGUUCCUGGCUGGAGACUAUUCUUCUUCUGCCGAGUUCUUCGUCACCAUCGCUGUCUUUGCUUUCCUAUACUCCUUGCUGGCUACUGUAGUCUACAUUUUCUUCCAGAACAAGUAUCGUGAGAAUAACCGAGGGCCUCUCAUUGACUUCAUUGUCACCGUGGUGUUCUCAUUCAUGUGGCUGGUGAGCUCCUCUGCCUGGGCGAAAGGACUCUCUGACGUGAAGGUGGCCACCGACCCCGAGGAGCUCUUCUCUGCUGUGGCUGCUUGUAAAAUUCCAUCCAACAAGUGCGUGGCCGUGCGCUCGCCGGUGUGGUCCAGCCUGAACACUUCUGUCGUGUUUGGUUUCUUAAACUUCAUUCUGUGGGCUGGGAACAUUUGGUUUGUGUUCAAGGAGACAGGCUGGCACUCCUCUGCCCAGAGGUACCCGUCAUCAACUUCGGAGAAGCAGCCGAGCAGCUACAACCAGCAGUCCUACAACCAAGGAGGGUAUGAGCAGGAAAGCAUUGGCCAGUCUGGCGGCUUCAACCCACAGGGAGCCUAUGGGCAGCAGUCAAACUACGGCCAGGGAGGUGGAUACGUCCAGUCGGGGUACACCCCCAGCGGGCCCACCUCCUUUACCAAUCAGAUGUAAUGGCUGCUCAGCCCCUCACUGCUGCAUUCAUAAGUCCAGAAGGAGUACAAGCAGUAGUAAAGGGGCCGCUCGGUGUUUGGGCGUCUCCUCUGUGUUUAGUAGUCUAGUGACUGAGGGGCCAUGGUUCCUGUUUGUCUAGUUUUAGGUAGAUCCAUGAUGAUGUUACUAAGGGUGGCGAAGCCCGACUUCAGUAUCGUAUGUAUUAUAUAAACUCAUUUUGCUUUCUUUAUUUUGUAUGUUCAUUUGGAGGGGGGGGGGGUUGACCGUUUAGGGUGGCGGGGUACGUCGUAUUCCACUCAUCCACAUGUGUCGUGCUUGGUUCCACGCCACAGGCCACCAUGGUCCCGUGUUUUUUGAAUUGUUUUACACUCUUGUGACAGAAAGUGACCAUUUGCAUUAAUGAUGACAUUGUGGUUUUAUUCUCUUAUUUUAGAAAUGAAAAGCAUGAUAAUCGUGUCUUGCAAGUUCUCAACUGCUUGAGUGGACGUGCAAUAAAUUUAUUUUUAUAGCUUACUGGCUAGUUUUUUUUCGAGGUUCUUUGUGCGUUUUUUUGGGAAAUUACAUUUGUACUUUUUGUAACACCCGAAAACCUUUUGUAAUGUGGGUUUGGAGUUUUUGACUUGUUUGUUGAAAUUUUAAGUGUUUUUUUUUUUUUAUUUAAUUCUGACUGUCGAUAAUCUUGAAUAUAUGAAUAUAUUUAUUUAUGUAUGAAAACCGAAGAUCGCGUUUCCUAAGACCUUGAAGCUCUUCUUGCACACGACUCUCUCCCUACCCGAGAACGCUGUAGUUGAUAUUUCGUGACUCCCUCUCAUGGUUGUGGUUAAUGAACGAUUUCUGACAUUUCCUUUCUCUUAAAUGUACAAAUGAGCUUUAUAAAAGAUUUUUAGCAAAAAGCAAGCAAGCACUUCAGUUGAGAUCAAGCCUCUUCACGCUGGCAACUUCCACUGGAGUGAAAUGCACGUAUGACGCAAAUCCAACGGGCAGCUGGAGCUCAACGAGAAGGACCAAAAACAAAACAUCAUGUGAACAUGGAACAUUUUUCAACAUAGAGGAAAAAAAAUAUAUAUAUAUUGCAACCUUUGCAGAGAACGAUGUUUGUUUAUACACGAUUUUGCUCGCAUGUACAAUAUGUUUCUAUGCCUCAAGAAUAUUCCAGGAAAAACAAAACACAAAUCCAUUGACAUUCUGGUAACGAUGCCAUGAAGAUUUCCCUCCUGUGACUGAACUUUGUGUCUUGACCUCCAAAGCAUGUGGUUCCACCAAUUCCUGUGAUGCAUUAGUAGAGCGAGACCUCAGGCCAUCCUUGUGUUCGAUGUUGUUCAUUAUAGCGUGACGAGAUGGCAUCCAAAUACUCGUAACCUGUCAAGAGUUCAUCCGUGUGAAUGGCACUGUAUAUGCAUUUCAGAUAUUGGUAAUAAAGCUGUUGCAAUGAGCCCUACA